CGUAUUCUGCCUUUUAUUUUUAUUUUUUGUCAUCUAAACAAGAUACAUUAUAAACAUGGCAGCCAACAUUGAUCCCAAUUCUGCUGUAUAUGCUACUGAUGAAUAUGGUAGACCCUUUAUUAUCGUAAGAGAAGGACAACAAAAAUCAAGAUUAAGUGGUAUUGCUGCUAUUCGCUCUCAUAUUCUUGCUGCUAAAACAGUGACAAAUAUUAUCAAGACCUCUCUUGGCCCUAGAGGUCUUGAUAAAAUCUUGAUUUCCCCUGAUGGUGACAUCACGGUCACUAAUGAUGGUGCUACUAUUCUCGAUCAAAUGGCUGUUGAACAUCAAAUCGCCAAGCUUCUUGUUCAGUUAUCUCAAAGUCAAGAUCAAGAAAUUGGUGAUGGUACUACGGGUGUUGUUGUUCUUGCUGGUGCCUUAUUGGAACAAUGUGAACAGCUUUUGGAUCGUGGUAUUCACCCUAUCCGUAUUGCUGAUGGUUUCGAGCGUGCAUGUGCUGUUGCUGUCAAACAUUUAGAUGAAAUCUCAGAUACCAUUGAAUUCGAUAAAGAAAAUGUAGCCAAUCUGAAAAAGACAGCCAUGACCAGUCUUGGUAGUAAAAUUGUCUCCAAGCACCAUGAAAAAUACGCUGAUAUUGCCGUCAAUGCAGUAUUGAGUGUUGCAGACUUGGAGCGUAAGGAUGUUGAUUUUGAAUUGAUCAAGGUAGAUGGCAAAGUAGGUGGUUCUUUAGAAGACACUAUUUUGGUCAAGGGUGUUGUUGUUGACAAAGACAUGUCCCACCCUCAAAUGCCUCGUCAAGUCGAAAAUGCCAAAAUUGCCAUCUUGACCUGUGCAUUUGAACCCCCUAGACCCAAGACAAAGCAUAAGCUUGAUAUCACCUCGGUAGAAGAAUACGAAAAACUAAAGGAAUACGAAAAAGAAAAGUUUAGCCAAAUGAUUCAACAAGUCAAGGAUUCUGGUGCCAAUUUGGUUAUCUGUCAAUGGGGUUUUGAUGAUGAAGCCAACCACUUGCUCUUACAGAACCAAUUGCCUGCUGUUCGAUGGGUGGGUGGUCCCGAAAUAGAAUUGAUUGCUAUUGCUACCAAUGGUCGUAUUGUGCCUCGUUUUGAAGACUUGUCAGCAGAAAAGCUAGGUCAAGCUGGUGUUGUACGUGAAUUGACUUUUGGUACGACCAAGGACCGUAUGUUGGUCAUUGAAGAAUGUGCCAAUAGUCGUGCUGUCACUGUCUUUGUUCGUGGUGGUAACAAGAUGAUUAUUGAUGAAGCUAAGCGUUCUCUUCAUGAUGCCAUGUGUGCUGUUCGUAACUUGGUUCGUGAUAACCGUGUUGUUUAUGGCGGUGGUGCUGCUGAAAUCAGUUGUUCUCUUGCUGUUGCCAAAGUGGCUGAUGAAAUCUCUUCCAUUGAACAAUAUGCUAUGCGUGCAUUUGCUGAUGCUUUAGAUGCCACACCUCUUGCUCUUGCUGAAAACUCUGGUCUGUCUCCUAUUGAAACUUUGGCUGAAGUCAAGGCUCAACAAGCGACUACUGGUAAUUCCAAAUUGGGUAUUGACUGUCUCUACAAGGGUUCAAAUGAUAUGAAAGAACAACACGUCUAUGAUCCUUUGAUCUCAAAACGUCAACAAUACUUGUUGGCCACACAACUUGUCAAGAUGAUUUUAAAGAUUGAUGAUGUGAUCACUACUUAUGAAACUCAAUAAAUUCAUAUUCUCUUUUUUUUUUUAAAAAAAAAUGACAGACAUAGAAUUCAAAUGCUCCUAUAAAACCUGUUUAACAAUACCAUGAUCAAACGCAUUGUAUUCCAACCUCUCCCC